AUGUAUCAAAAACCCAAGCGAUAUGUCCCCGGUCCUGGGGAACCAGCUUUGCCCCCUCAGCUUUCAGAAUUUCAAAAUAAGACAACUGAUGAGGUGCUCGAAGAGCUAAAUCGCAUGCCAUUUUUCAUGAAAACACUUGACGAAACGGACGGUGAAGGUGGCGAGAAUACCGAGCUAGAAGCUCUGAAAGCUCUCGCUUAUGAAGGAGAGCCGCAAGAAAUUGCAGAGAAUUUUAAGAAGCAAGGCAAUGAGCUUUAUAAGGCCAAAAGAUAUAACGAGGCAAGAGAAAUUUAUAACAAGGCUCUCGAUGUGGGCGAUAUUCAAGAACUCAGGGAAAGCCUUCUUUCAAAUCGCGCUGCUUGUGAGUUAGAGCUAAAAAAUUAUAGAAGAUGCAUCAAUGACUGUAAGUCUGUUCUGGACAUUAAUCCAAAAAACGUCAAAUGCUACUAUCGCGUAGCCAAAGCUUUUCAAGGCCUCGAUAGAACAGACGAAGCAAAACAGACAAUCCAUUUUGCUUUACAGUUAGAUCCUGAAAAUCAAGCUCUUUUGUCACUACUUGAAAGAAUCACCACCAGAGAGAAAGAAGUACAGGCCUACGAAGCCCAGAAACAGAAAGUGAAAGAUGAGAAAGAACGUUUGCAAACUUUGCUGGAUGCAUCGCUUAUCCUUCGUGGCUAUAAAAACAUCGAUACUACGAAUCCUCCUGAACUUCUAGAAAAAGCAAAUUGCUACCUGGAGGACGGCAACGAUGUGCAAUCUCAGUUGAUUUUCCCAGCUAUGAUCUUCUACCCCACCAGUGAUGAAUUUGAUUUUAUGGGAGCUGUGGGUGAAUUGAGCACAUCUGAGGACCUAUUGAAUGUAGUUCUUCAGAGACCACAAGAAUGGUUCGACGAUCCCAUUCAUGAGAACUUUACGUCCAAAAAACUUUUGGGCUUUAUGGAGACCGAAAGUGGUGGUUUAGUCAAGAUUGGCAAAAAAGUCACUUUCCAUGAUGUAUUGAAAAUGCAAAAACCCAUUAUCCCUCUUUUUGAUCGGUCUUUGAGAAUAUAUUUUGUUCCAAAAAGCUUGAGUGAAGAAUGGCUUUCUAAAUGGGAUAAGUCUGAUGCCUUGAACAAACGUAAAUAG